AUGGCCGAAGGCUACGACAAGCUUUUAGACUUUUUGCUGUCAGAAAUUGCUCUCCGCGGUAUUCAAGAAGAUCGUCUUGGUCGCACAUUCCAUGAGAAAGUAUGGCAAUGGCUUACGGAACAUCCCGACAUCCGCAUCAUGUACCAAAACGAGGCACAUCGCUACUCACUUUCGGAAUUCGAGGCGGCCGAGCUACAUGAGACUGGUACGAUCGGUGAGGUCACAUCAGCAAUCUCAGCCCGUCCCUCAAAAUAUUCCUCAAAAGCAGUAGCGCAGCCCUCCAAAGCCCUGUGCGCAAUAGAAGAUGCUCUGCGGCAACGUAUUUCAAGGACAGGUCAGGAACCAAAACACCAUGCUACUCCAUUGCUUGAUUCAUCGACUACUUCGUCCGCAUUCCGAAAACCUCGUCCGCUACCGAAACGCCCAUCUUCAAAAACUGCAGUAUUCGACGAUCCCAGCUCCAGUAUCACCGCACCCCGUCUAUACGCUAGUCAAAGCAGGAUGUGGCAAGCUUUGACUGGUCAUGGUAUCGAUCUGAACAAGGUCCCCAGCAUGGAGUUCGUGUUACUCUCUCUCAUCGCUGCCCACGGAGCGGCUGGUAUUAGACAACCCGACCUCAUCGCACUCAGCGGCCAAGAUAAACGAUCUGUGCCGCACAGAACGGAUGAGUUGGCUCGGAAAUGCUACAUCGGCAAGUUCCCUGUACAGGUCAACAAAAUGCGUACUAGUCUAUGCAUCCACAGAAUGUUCGUUUCUCAGAAUACUGUCAUCGAGUCCAGUGCAGUAGAAGACGUGUAUCAGGCCGAUGGAACAUUUGUUGUUAGGAGCUUUGCUCAAUUACUAUACAACAAGGUGGGCGAGGGUGGCGUUGUUCCCACGCGUAGCAUCAGAGAGAAGCUGGGUGUACCAAUGGAGACUUGGAACAAGCGCGCUACCCAGGGUGCACUCAUCCGACUGGAUCAGAGCGGUAUGAUCAAACGACGCAUGGUUCGUACGAAGACUACUGGUGAUCAUUGGAUUACUUGCAUCCAAGUAUUGCGCGCACCGCAGGAGGAGGAUCUCAAGAAUCUAGGAUUUCGACGCACAGCUGAUCUUGGGGAUGAUUCAAUCAGCGAGCUGCCUGAUGGGAACAUGGAUGAAGAGGCGCUGAUGAGGGACCUGGAAGCCGAUAUGCUUGAAGAGACGGAAGCCCAUGCCAAUAGCCAACACGGGGCACAAGAUGCCAUCAAUAAGGCUGAAAAUAUCCCCCCACAAUGGACGCCCGACAGGUUCCUUGCCAACACGGUCUUCGAUGCCGUUGAGCUAGGCGGUGCUCAAGGAUGGGAUGCUUUGGAACUUCGCGACAGGAUCGUCGGACCGUUCUGGAGGCGUCCCAUAGAAUCGUAUUUGACUCGCAUAACGAAUGCCUGGGAAAAGGCUCAGCCUAUCCAUAUUCGACACCUGGCCGUCAUCCGAGAUUCGGGGGUUACCGCUCAGAGGAAGUUCCUCCAUUACCUCUACCGCACCCAUGCGAAUUUUCAGAAAGCUGUCGAUGCAGGACUCGCUGAUUGGGACGGUGUUGCCAAUUACGACGCUGAUGGAUUCGGUGAUGAUGUCAUGCUGGACGCCUGGGGUUUCUCGAUUGUCGAAUCUCAAGAUCUAGUCGGACAGAAUGGCUCGGCAACGUUGUCUGAGGCUGGAUUGUCCAUCUUGAAACCACGCAAGAAUGGCCCCCGAUGGGAUAUUGCGCUCGCACAAGAGAUUGGGUACGAAAAGGUCGAGAAGCCCGGGUCGAAAGCCAAAACACAACGUGGUCUAGGCCGACCUAAGAAGCAGGCAAAGACUCCCAAGGAGAAGCGAGUUCGGGUCCCCAAGGUUCCGAAACCUCCUAAGCAAAGCUCGGUUUUCUCACUCAGUCCCGAAGAGAAGGUUCUUGCGCAUCGUGAGCAGACUGGAGAUCCAACGUCACUACCGAGUGCGCUGUUGGAAGGUCGAACCAAGCGCCAACUUAGUGUGCCUCUGAUGACUAAAGAGGAGCGGUUGGCAGCAGGUUUGUCGACUCGGGGACGCUUGGGUAUAGAACAGGAGAACAAAAUCCGAGCCGAGCGGGGGCUACCUAAGCUGGCCAAGAAGGAAAAGAAGCGAAAGCAAACAAAUCAGCCGACAGUGAUUAGCAAGCAGCAGAGAAUAGCACUCGGAUGGAUCGACCAUGGUCGAUUACCCCAGGCUCUUAUUGAAGGGCUACGUCAGGAGCGCGAUGAAGGUAUUGCUUUCGAAGAUUCCAAGGUCAUUCCGAAGUAUAACGAUGCGAUGAGGGCCGCGAAAUUGGCAAAGAUGACAAAACCGGCCAAACUGGUGAAGUCGACCAAGUCCAAAGGUCCCACUGGAUUGCCAAAAACUCCAGCUGCGCCUACAGUGGAGGAAGGCACACUUGUAGAGAACCGCGAGCUAGAGAAUACGCCUGAUCCCAUAGCUGUAGAGCCUGAGACUCAGGCACAGGUAUCUAAGCUAGCGCCAAGAAAGCGAAAGGCUAAAGAUCUGGCUACUACUCCAGCACCAGCGAAGAAACGCCGGGUCAAAGCAAUAGCGCCACAAGAUCGUGCCUCAGUGCCACACACAGCUCAGUCGCCUUCAACAGUUGAUGGCGCACCCAUGUUUGGUACCAGUACUUCAUUAGGCUCUACUGAUGUAGACGGUACAAGCAACCAAAGUCAGCCAACUCUAGUGGCCAUCCCCGUCCCUGUUCCCCUGAUGCCUCCACAAGCCGAUGAGAGUAUAGUCCCCUCGGUAGAAUCCGGUAACCCUCAAGCUCCUCGUAAAGAAGCAUAUAUGCAGCCUGAUCCCUCCAAACUCGACUCUCUGGCACGUACAGCUUUUGAGCUGUAUGAGAAGCGAUCAUCCUCAGGUCUCUAUCUUAACCCGUUGGUAAAGCGGAAAAUCGGACGAGGGCGCCCGCGAAAAGCAUUCAUAGCAACCUUCAAGCUGCCCGAGCUAGCGCAAUUUGACUGGUUCACAACGGAGCUGGAUCAAGAGCAGAUCGUGCCUGAGAGUCAAGUCGUAGAGACACCAAACCGUGUUUCUGCAAGUCUCGCUACACCAAGGGAAGAGACAGUCGAUUCACAUGAUACACCUAGAGCUGAAAUAACGCCCGAAGCACCUUUCCAAUCGCAGUCGCCAAGCAAAGAGGAGACACGCGAGGAUGUUCAGAACUGCACUCCACCUCCGUCGAUAGCCAGCAAUACUGUCAUAGUCGAGUCCGAAGAACUGCCCAUUCCUAGCGAGGUUAACUCAGAAGCGCUGGUACAAUCGACCUCAGAGCCUUUGGAUGCUAGUCAAGAUACUCAGGCGGACGUGGCUGUGGCUACUGGCCUGACAGAAGGCGUAGCACAGCCCAACACUCUCACCGAAGAUCUAGAGAAACAGUUGCUGCGAGCAUGUGCACCAGCAGCCCGGAUGAUAGAUACACAGGCGGACGUGCAUAUGGUUACUGGCUCGACAGAAGGCGAACCACAGCCCAAAAACCUUACCGAAGAUCUGAAGAAACAGUUGCCUCGACCAUGUGCACCAGUAGCCCGGAUGAUAGGAGGUUGGGCUCCUAUCAACGCAUCAGCGCGUUCCAGCACCACACCGUAUCGAAGCCCUUAUGCCACAAGCCCAGCCCCGGAAGCUCGUUCACCCAGUCAAGAUGCAAGUACCACACAGAAUGGCAGGGGACUGACUCCACUCGCCCCAGAUCUCCAGCGUUCGUACUCUGUAUUCGAAGAUGUCGCCUCCCUUCCCAAAGACAUCCAUACCGCCAUCGUGGAAACCCCCGCGCCUUCUAUACCAGGCAUAAAGCCCAGAUCAAAAGACCAAGAAAGGGGUGGGAGUCAGCUGCGCUUCAGACAAAACAUCAUCAUGGAUAUCUUCAAACUAUGCAACGGAGUUUUCCCUGGUGGCGGCGAAAUUGCAAGGCCAUUUCUCACGCUAUGGAAACAGCGUCACCCGAAUAUCAAGGCGCCAUCUCUCAGCACCAUUACUGAAACACUUCGGACGAUGUCUCUGAUCCCAAAGUUUGGGCUGAAGCACUGGAACUUUGCCUCAUACAACAAGAAUACCCCAGGCGUCACUACUCGAAGGAUGUAUACCUGGGCUUCUCUCAAUGAGAGGAGCCCACAAGUUCAAAAAUUAGCCUUCAAUAUGGCUCAGUACUCUCAUAUAAAAGAGUAUUCCUGGAGGUUAUCAGAGAAGUCUCUGUUAUACUACCCGGAGGAGGUACGGCACCUCAUUGGUGACAUCGUUUCCUAUCAACCAGUCCAGGCUCCCCCCAAAGAUGAAAGCAUUAUUCUCAACCAGCUGAAUCCCGACCUCGAAAGGCAACUCGACGAAUCCAAGGCUCGGCGGCGCUCUGAAUGGAGCAAGCAGACGAGGUUGGAGGUCAAAGCUCGUAAUAUACAGAACGCUCAAGUUGAACGAGCGCUUUCGCAGCAACUUGUGGGGUCUGGCGGUGCAUCGCAUGGGAAACGUGCACGACUUGCGAGCUUGAACGACACAACCAAGACCCUUCGACGGGCUCCACUAUAUUCUGCAGACAUCGAUACGCUGGACGAAGACUCAGAUGAGGCGGAGACUAGCGAACACGACACUGGCACGAGCAGACCUGGCCAACUUUCACUUUCCUGGGUGCGCCCUAUCGUUCCGCAUGUUCCACAACGUAAGCCGGUACCAGAAGAUGAAGAGUCAGAGGACGAUGAAAGCGAUGAGGAUCCCAUGGAUUGGACAUUGGAGCCUGUAGAGCGCAUCACCAACGAUCAAGACUCGCCAGCUUCAACGGGGCCCGACCGAAGCACCUCCGCAGAAGACGCUGUCACUAUCCAGAAGAGCAAAAAACGGAUCAGAAUUGUGACUCCCGGCGGCCAGUCUCCCAGAAAGAGAGCUCGCAAUAGCACAUUGUCUGCUUCCCAGUGUGGCAGCGACGACGACGUGCAAUCUGAUUCGUACACCGAAGAUGAGACAGACGAUGACCAAGAUUCUUUGCAAACGAAGGCGAAGAAGCAGAGAGUCAGAGCUUUCAGAUCACGCCAGAAUGGCCGAUCUGGGCCUCCGCCGACGCUGAUCGAACGCUUGACAGGUCUCACAGGCGACCCGAACGAUCCAAUCUACCAAAUUCCUCAGCGCGCGUCACGACCUGGUUGCCCGUCACGAUCUUGGAGUGAGAGAAAGAAGAGGAGAGUAGGUAAACACAAGAAAGAGCGACACUACGCUGAGGUCAUUGAUCCCGUGGACGAAGUCAAGAAGCAGCUCUGCACAUUUGUGGUCAUUUCCUCUUUGUCCGGUGAAGAUGGAUACAUCGAUUGGAGUCUUGUUCGGAAGGCACAUGCUAGAGACAGGUUCUUUGAUGCUACGAAAGCUCGCAAACUUUGGGAGUGGAUGCAGACGAACAUGGCCGAGCAAGUUGAGAAGCUCACUACAAACUUCCAGUCGCUAUAUCUGGAAGCGUAUGAGGCUAGCAAAGUUUCUCCCAUUGAAAAUCCCGAGACGCACGAUUGGGCGGAACUCGUGAGAUGGGCUGUGCGCAAGUGUACAUACCCUGAGAUUCCUCUACCACUACUCCAAGAAGCACUUGCUCAGUUCACUGUCCAAGAGUCUAACUACGAGAAUCUGGAUCGAGUCAGAUGGUUCAAGGUUGGUGCAACAGAUCGUAACAGAGCAAUGCUCCAGCUGCACACUUCGUACACGGCCCCUCUUCAUCGAUCACGCAAGGCAACUUGGUCGGCCGAAGAGAAGCUGCUGAAGGCACGAUCUUGGGUACGAGCGAACACGGCAACGUCACAAGCUAUUUAUGACGGCACCCUGGCACACGAAAAGUUCAAGAAGCUCGAUGAGACUACACUCGUCAACGUUGUGGGAGACUUUGUCGACAAGCAACAUCUGAGGAUGAGAAAAUUGAAGCGCCUCUUACCCGGCCGCAAUUACAACUUCACACAAGCCCUGGCGAAGAAGUACGUGCGUUCAUUCCAACUCGACGACUUUAUGCACGCAGUCGCGGUCAAGAAGAGAAUGGAUGCUGCAUUCUCAGAUGCAGAUCCUGGCAUGCGUUAUUACAGUAUAUCGCGUUGCGAAGAAGAUGCGUCUUUCGCAGCAGUGAUGACUAUGGUCGGCGAAGGAGCGGUCAGGCUGGUACCUCAGCUACCUCCUGUCAAUAGUGACCAUGGCGCACCGCUUCCAAGACUGUCAGUAUGGGGCUUCUGUGAGGGCGGCUACCAGCAUCGGGCUAUCGACCGCAAUCGCUUGUUCUGGGACAUUCAUGUUGUGCCUACAGCAGACUACAAGUUUGGCAACCCACUGCAGCCACUAUCCUCGCUACUCGCGUCUAUGGAUAGUGACGAACACGCUGUUUGGUCGAGCCUUCCUGAGCCCCCGCUCCCUGGCAAGGAUAAUCCUGACGCAUUGCUACCCAUAUGGAGCAGCAUCGACGGAAGAACUGUGACAUGGCCGUGGUGGUACCGUGUUCUCAACCUCGUGCUUCUACCCUUCAUCUUCUUGGCAGGCGCAACCGCUGCGGACAUACAAGCCCACUGUCCCGAAAACACAACCGAGCUUUUCGAGAUUGAGCUCGUUCUGGAGUGGCUCGAAUCUAUCAACGCGAUCAAAAAGACGGUUGGUGGAUACAUCACUGGACCGUACUUCUGGGCUGUCUUCGGUGACCAGCUGCGCGAUACGGAAAACGACUGGUUCGGCGAGCAUGCCAAGCGCAAGGCAAAGAAUCAUGAAAAGCAGCGUUGGCGCGAGGACUACAAUCUCAGACACUCUACGCUACAGGCCCGCAAUGCGCAGCAAGAUGGAGGUGGUGUAACUUCAGCUGUACCUGCGGGGGAGACGAGCACUAGUCGCCAGAUUCUUAAGAACCCAAAGCAGCAGUACAGGAUUGUGCAUGAAGCUCUCGAUGCUGAGAGGGCGCAAGCGGAGAAGGAUAGAUCAGUGUUUACGGCUAGGAACAGUCCCACGGCUACCCAGAACCAGACCAACCACGUCGCUACCACUGAGUCAAAGGCGAGCGCAUCGCAGACACCUGAGGCUACAAGCACGUCAGGUGAUGAUGUGUAUAUGCCAGAUGCGGGCAUUGAUGCAGAAGGCGAGGAAGAUAUUGACGCUGAAGGUGAGAUCGACGAUGGCAUAUACUGA